AUGAGUGCAUAGUCAAAUUAAGCUGCCACUUCGCAUUUACAAGAUUAAGAUGCUUCCAAGAGAACUAAGUAUACACUUGAACAGUGGGAGGAUAGGAUGUAGGAUAUAGUUAUAUCGAAGGAUAUUAUAAACAAGCUUGUGAUGAAUUAUCUGAUAGUUGAGGGGUAUAAACAAGGUGCUCUCAAAUUUGAGAAAGAAACUGGUAUUAAAGCUGAAAUGGAUGAAGAUUUGAUAGAUCACAGAAUAGAAAUUAGAAGACUGCUAGAAAAAGGUUAAAUCGAAGAAGCUAUCAGUAAAAUAGAUACUCUUAACCCUGAGAUUCUUGACUAGAACGUAGAACUAUACUUUGAACUGAAGAGAUAGCAGCUAGUAGAACUGAUUAAGGCAAAAAAGAUAGAUGAGGCGUUGGUAUUUGCCCAAGCAAAUCUAUCAUAGAGUUUUAUCAAGCCAACUUAAUCCCUGCAGGAUUCAAAGUCAGCCUAUUUCAAGUCAGAGCUUGAGAAGACAAUGACACUAUUCAUGUAUGAGGAUCUUAAUGGCCCUCUUCCUGCAAGUCUGCAAGAAUUAGCAGACGUGAAGUCUAGAUAAAAACUGGCCAGUAGGGUAAAUCAGGAGAUUCUGAAGGCAAUGGGCUAUUCUGCAGAGCUGAAACUGGGAUUCUAUUGGCAAAUGUUGUAGUAUAGUUAAAACUAGCUCAGUACAGGAGAAAACGCAAUAGAGUUUCCAAAACUUAAGGAUCCAAUGGGUGAUCUUGAAAUGUGA